CGAGAAUCGUAGUCUCGUGUGAUCUUGAUCGACAGUCUUGAUUACCAUGCAGAUAACUUGUCUAUGUUCCACCAAUCUAUCUUCGUUCUCAUGCCACCGCCGGGAUGAAUGCCCGUGCGACGUCAUUUUGGAAUGGCUUACUUUCCAGACUCGCUAUGAGGCUCGGAUAUUGAGCUUCAUUGAGCUUGCUUCUCACCCCACUGGAGUUAUAGCAGCAUGCCAAUUUUUGAAUCGUGAAGGAACGACUUUCAUAUGGUCUGUCCUAUCCAAACUUUUCGUCUGCAUGAAGUUGCUGUUCAGCGCGACAAGAUGAGUGCUUUCACGUCAAAGUUCUUGUUGCUGGUGCUAAUUGCACUUGUGACUGCUAAGAAUGUUUCGCUCUAUCCCCCGCUGUACAUGAAGCAUUCAGAUUCUACCCCUAUUUUCGUUAAUACCACAGGAAGGACGGUAAAUCCUUUGAUAAUAGCCUUAGGUGGUGGUAACGAUCAAAAUCUGGCAAAGCGCCAAGCAUCAACACUACCGACGGGGACAUGCGCCCCUGGAACGCCAUGUGUUAACGGUGCCUGCUGUGGAAGUAAUGGCCUCUGUGGUUACUCACCUCUGGAAUGCUCGAGCUCAACUUGUCUCUCGAAUUGCAACGCUACAGCAGAAUGCGGACAAUACGCACCCUCAGCGACUUCGAGCUGUCCGCUCAACGUUUGCUGCUCUUACUUUGGGUUUUGCGGUACAACCGAUGACUUUUGCGACACCACAGGCACUACGCCUUGCCAAGAGGGCUACGGCUCUUGUGGCGCGGUCACCGAACCUUCAUGCUCGGGAGCUAGCGUAAACGCACGAACAAUUGGAUACUAUGAAUCCUGGUCAAGUACACGUGCUUGCGAUAGCAGAAAGCCAUCAGAUCUUGAUCUUACUGGACUUUCACAUAUUAAUUUCGCCUUCGCCUUUUUCAAUCCCACAACGUUCGAGAUGUCGCAGAUGAGCCCAGGUGAUGCGGCUUUGUACUCUGACUUCACAGCCGUCAAGUCGAACUAUCCAGGUCUACAAACUUACGUCUCCGUCGGAGGAUGGUCUUUCAACGACGAAGGAAAUUCCCCAGAUACGCGUACAGCUUUUAGUGAUAUGGUCAGCACUUCCUCGAACAGGGCAGCCUUCAUCUCGUCUCUGAAGGCUUUCAUGCAGACCUACGGUUUUGAUGGCGUUGACAUCGAUUGGGAGUACCCCGCAGCAAGUGAUCGUGGAGGUGUUGCCGCCGAUACAGCCAAUUUUGUCAGCUUGGUGAAAGAGCUGCGCAGCGAAUUUGGCUCAAACAAGGGUGUAACGGCCACAUUGCCCUCUUCUUUCUGGUAUCUUCAAGGAUUCGAUGUCGCCUCGAUGCAAAAUUACGUGAAUUGGUUCAAUUUCAUGAGUUACGAUAUUCAUGGAACUUGGGAUUCGACCUCGAAGUUCACAGGACCCUAUAUCAGACCGCACACUAAUUGGACUGAAAUUUCUCUGGGACUUGAUCUGCUUUGGCGUGCCGGUGUUACACCAGACAAGGUCACCCUUGGCUUGGGGUGGUAUGGAAGAUCCUUUACUCUUUCGGAUGAAACAUGUGUUACGCCCAAUGGAGUCUGCAUGUUUUCAGCAGGAGGCGAUCCUGGAGCAUGUACGGCAUCCGCUGGCACAUUAUCGAACGCUGAAAUCUUUGCAAUCAUAGAUGAAUACUCACUUGAACCGACGUAUGAUGAUGCAGCAGCAGUCAACUGGGUCUUUUGGGGUGAUUCGCAGUGGGUGAGUUACGAUGAUGGUAACAGCAUGCAAGUCAAACUAGCGAGAGCGAAUGCUCUGUGUCUUGGUGGCACUAUGAUAUGGUCAAUUGAUCAGGACAAUAGCAAUGGCGACAGCAUGGCGGAUUUCCUUGGCAUUGGUGCGACCAAUGGAAACACGGCCGAAGAAGCAGCGGAACUGAAAGCCCAGUAUGCUGUAGCUACCACAGCAACUGCUGUCCAGACCUCUUGUUAUUGGUCAUUUUGUGGGCAAGGCUGUGACGAUGCCUACUAUCCUGUCACCCAAGCCAAAGGAGAAGUAGCAAAUAACGGCGUGGAUGCUACUGUUAACACUGUAUGCUCUGGCACGGACGUGCAAUCUUUAUGUUGUGCCCCUGGCACUACUCUUGGAAAGUGCCAGUGGGAAGGGUGGAACGGCGUUGGUAUGCCCUGCUCAGCAGUUUGCGCCAAUGAUUCGGACAUUGUAAUUGCAGAAAAUACAAAUCACUACUUCAAUGACCCUGAUACAAGUACAAUAGAAGAUCAGACGUGCAAUGGAGGCUUUCAGGCUUACUGUUGCUCUGGCUUUGUAGCUUCCCCAACCGCCAAUACUGGAAGCCUUGACCUUAUCGAUCAAACCACAUCAUCCAAGCGAAAGCGGAGUCUCGAAAAGCGCGGAAUCAAUACAGCUGUUGGGCGUGUCUGCUUGAGUGCAGCUGAGAUUGCAGUCGAAGCAAUUGCAGCAGCAGCAGCAGCUUUCUUUACCUUCGGUGCUUCUGAAAUCGCCUUCGCAGCGGAGGUUGCUGCAAAUGUCAUUUGCUUGGCUUUAGCCGCAGCUGCGACGAUCGAGGCUGCUGCCGCCGCAGGUAGCGCAACAGUGGGCGCAGUUGCUAUUGGCGUAGCUUCACAUGCUAUGGUCCUCCGUAACAAAAGGCCUGCGAGUGGGCCUCAGGGUGGACCAAAUCCGAAGAAUCCUAAGACCGGUAAUACUGGAGGAUCCAAGACCGCUUAUGGGCAAUGGGCCAUUGCAACGUAUCCUAGCACGAGUGAUGCGACAUCAUGCGACUGCAGCGUCACGUAUACAUGUGUCUAUGGAAUGGUAGCUACUGCAGGUGGAUGGGACGAGGUAUGCGACAAUCAAAGAUGGGCCAUAGACCACUUGCUGGGUGGAAAUACUGUAUAUCAUUACGGAGGUCGACUGGCCGAUUCAAACUACAUGAAAAGCCUAUGGUCGCCCCAACACUCUGGUUGGCAAGCAGCCGCGCAGACUGCUAUAGGUGGCGUUGCUAGGUGUCAGGUAGACGAAUUCCCCAUGGGUUCGCUUCUUGAAGGGAGACUCCCGAACUCACAGGCUUGUCGUUUGGUGAAUGGCCCUGCCAACGGACGACAAGGAACAGAUUUCGGACAGUUCCUCCUCGCUCAAUACCAACCGUGUAGCUCAUACAAGGCUAAUAAAUGUAGCUCAGCUAGUCCGGUCGUGCCAAUCACAUGGGCUUUCUCCGGCAUGGAUGCGAAUCGCCUCGCAGGCAGCAAUGUCGCUCCCCACUUCGUCCAACGCUAUGGUUUUGACUCGCAAACAGCAGGCUCAGAGUGCUGGGCAACGGCAUCAUUCAAUGACCCUAGCGGCAACCCAGUCGUCAGCACCGUCACCGACCACGGCUUCCGUGUCCUGAAUAACGAUCCUAUCAUCACCAGCGCAGCCUACGGCUGGCCACUCCAAAGCUAUCGACCCUCACCCUUCGCUAAUCAGCUUAAUCAACCAUCCAGUAUAGCUAGUGCUCAAUAUCAGAAACGGCAAGAAGUACUUGCAAGCCUGAAAGGGGAGUAUAUCGGGUCUGAAAUCGACUGCGAUAAAUGUGAUGUGUUUGUUGAUGAGUCGGGACGAGAGUUCUAUCAUCCUCAUUGGCGGGGUAAUAGAUACAAGUCUACGCCUGCAGUUACUACGACGGCAGCUGUGGUACAGGGGACGAAUGGUGCUACAAAGGCGGGAAGCACACCUGUGCACAAGGUCCCGAAGGAGACCGGCGUCGUGCGUGGCGAUUGAGGUAGUAAGGCAGUGAGAUAGAGAAGAUAUGAUUUGAAACUCUUAUAUAAGAUCUUAUAUAACUUAACAAACUAAUUUAAGAUAUAUGGCUUCUUUUUAAUACAUAAUUUUGAGACC